AUGUUCGCACUUCGCCGCGCCGCUGCGCGAGCAGUCUUCACACAGCCAACUCGGCAACUCUCGACGUUCAAGCCUGCGCCACGUAUAUCAGCAUUGCAAGCGCAAAAGCCAGGAUCGAUCCGAUCGUUCCAUCAGUCAUGGAGGGUACUCGCAGAGGAAGACCAGAAGCGACAGGAGGCAAGCCCAGCAGAGGCAUCGACGAGCGGCGAGACUGUCACCACCGAGCCAACACCUGAGGAGCAACAGGAGAUCCGCGAGGAGAGUGUCGUGACACCUGAUGUUGUAGGCUCCGCCGAGUCGGCCGCGGAGGGUGCAGCUGCAGAGGCAAAGGACAAGGCUCAGGAGGCCGUUUCACAGGCACAAGAGACUGCCAGCGAUGCCGCCGAACAGACACAAGAGAAGGCCGAAGAGAUCAGCUCUCAAGCACAAGAGUCUGCCAGCACCAUCACUGAGAAGGUGCAAGACGCUGCAUCCAGCGCUGCGCAGACCGUCCAGAACGCCGCCUCAAGCGUGGCAGAGACCGCACGCAACCAAUUCCCACCACCUGAUGGCCCUGUUCAACGUCAGGGACAGGCACCUACCCCAAGCAAGAUCCUCUAUAUCGGCAACCUCUUUUUCGAAGUGACCUCAGCGCAGUUGGAGGCCGAGUUCAGCAAGUUCGGAGAGGUCGUCAACACGCGCGUCGUUCAAGACGACAGAGGAUUGAGCAAGGGGUUCGGAUACGUCGAGUUCGCUAGACAAGAGCAUGCGGACAGAGCGACAGAGUUGGAUCAGCAGGUCUUCCACGGCAGGAGAAUGGCUGUCCAAUUCCACGUCCGCCGCGACAACACUCAGCCACGCCAGGCACGGCUCAGGAGCGACAGCCGUGUCCCCGCACCGCCGUCGAAGACGCUGUUCAUCGGCAACAUGUCUUAUCAGAUGAGUGAUCGUGAUUUGAACGAUCUCUUCAGAGAAAUCAAAAACGUGCUCGACGUCCGUGUCGCUAUCGACCGCCGCAGUGGCCAGCCACGAGGCUUCGCCCAUGCCGACUUCAUCGACAUCGAGAGCGCAGAGAAGGCCAAGCAGUACCUCGAGAAGAAGGAGGUAUACGGCAGACGGCUGCGCGUCGAUUUCAGCCAAUCCGCGCAGAGAGAUAAGAACUCUGAGUAA